AAAUACAAGUCUUCAACCCUCCAAACCCUAUAUUCUACCCUAUUCUGUGUUCUCAUAUAUAUCGCCGUCAUCGUCACUACGAGGUUGCCGUCUCGCCGCCGUUACGUUGAUGUUGCUGCAGAUCGAUUACUGUACUGUAUAUUGACGAUUCAAGGCACAUCCUUCCCCUAUUGCAAGAAUCGUUGAAUUGUUCGAUCUUUGAAUCUCAAUCUCGAUCUGAAAAUGGAAAAUUGCAGACUGUCAACGGAUUUGGUGGUUGAUAUCUUAUCCAGAUUACGGGUAAAGUCUCUUAUGCGAUUUAAAUGUGUUUGUAAAUUUUUCUAUAAUUUGAUAACGAAUGACCUCCGCUUUAUGGACACACACUAUGAAUUUCACAAAGCAAAAACUGAUUGUGUUCUUUUAGAGACUGGUUUGGCUGUUAGAGAAAAUUAUUUGCUUUACAAAGAAUCUUCUGAGUAUAAUGAGAUUGGAUGCAUAUACUUAGACAUCCCAACAACCCCAAGAGCAAUGUGGGUUAAGUGUUGUAAAGGUAUGUUAUGCUUGAUUUCGACCAGGAAUGAUAUUGCUAAACUUGAUAAUGUUGAUUACCUUAUUUAUGAUAUUUGGAUAUGUAACCCAUCCAUUAGGAAAGUUAAAGCCUUACCCUCUGUUACCGUCCCUUACAGACUACCUUAUAAUGCAUAUGUUCAUAACGAAUUUGGGUUUGGGAUUUCUAACGACAUGACUUGGAAGGUUGUGAUGCUGUUAGAAAUUUGUUCUUUUGAUGUUAGUACAAAUGAUCAACAAAUCACACUAGUUUAUAGCCAAGUUGGUGGUGAUUCUUGGAGUUUGAGACAGAUUAAUGCUGUUACAUCUUGUCGUGAUAUUGGGGGUCAGUUCAAUGAUUUUUAUUUAUCUGGUCUCGAUAUGGGUCUGAACAAUGAUUUUUAUUUAAAAGGGAGGUACUAUUGGCUGGCUAAUAGGUUCCAUGAUGAACCUUACACUCAAUGCUUGAUUUGGUUUGACAUGAAUGAUGAGGUGUUUGGGAGGAUUGAGUUGCGGUCGGAUAUUAUUAUCCCUUCAAUCUCAAUAAUGAAUGACACUAUUGCUUUAAUCUCAAGUGUGGGGGAUUCUAGUAGCUUUGACAUUUGGUUAAUGAUGGGAGAUGACAACAAUACUUAUUGGCAUAAACAAGCAAGCAUAGAUUGUGUUGUAGAUAUUAAUGAAUCUUGGAUUCCAAUGGGAAUUUGGAAUUUGGAUGGUGAAUUGCUUGUAUAUCUAUUCAAGAGAGUUGAGGAUGAUUGGGAUUGGGAUUCGGAUUCAGAGUAUGUUGAAAGAGGUGUACCACCAUACUUCAUAUCUGUGAAUUUGGUAACUCAAGAAAGGAAGAUGUUCUCCGUAAGUAAAGAAAGGAAAAGUAUUACUAUGGCUUCACAUCCAACCGCCGGAGAUUUUCAAGUUUACAACGAAAGGAAUAUUGAUAUAACAGAAGAAUGGGAACGCAAUAAUUUUCGUGGUGAGGCACUAUAUGCUCGAGUCUACGAAGAAAGACUACAUUUUCUGUAAGAAUGUUUACUUAAUUGCCUCUUUAUGUUUACUUAAGAAUGAUGCUUUUUCUAUAUAUGCAUUAUAAGAAUGAUAUUCUGGAAAUGUGCUUUGUAAUUUCAUCUGAUUUAUUAUUAUUAUUAUUAUUAUUAUUAUUAUUA